GUGGCGGCAGAGGUCGAAGGUCCAUCCGGCCACGGCCCUAUAUGAGCAAGUCUCCAGGCGGGCCAUUUUCCUCGACAUCCUCAUCGACAUCCUCAUCGGCAUCCUCAUCGUCGCCCAUCGCUCGCACCUCUUCCCACCUCUCUCGCAUCCCGCACCAUGAUGCUCGCUAAGCUUUUCCUCAUCGUUGCCGCCCUGGUUUCGACCAUCGCUGGCGCUCCAACCCCCACGACCACCAAGCCCGUCACCUCGGUGUCUUCCUCGCGAGCUCCCUCGCCCACUCCCUCGGCGGUGCCGACGGCUCCUCCGGCCUUCUCGCUGUUCAACUUUUAUCUGCGCCAUACGGGCUAUGGCAAGACCUACGACACUUAUCUCAUCGACGACACCAACGUUUACAGCAAUCUGCUCCAGAUGGCUGCGGACACCGAUCUGCCCGACACCUAUCUCGGCUCGUCGCUGGUCCUUCGCAUCGACUUUAUCAACGUCGACACCAACAAGGUCACCACCAUGCCCGUCGACGGCUCCACCAUCUGGAAGCUCAAGCGCUCGGGAACCUCGGUCCCGUCCAGCUCGCUCAAGACCAUCGGCGUCGGCAGCUUCCGAGUCCGCGCCGUCCUGGAGGGCUUCGAGUCCAUCUCCUCGACCGCCUCGACUGUGAUCACCAUCGUUGCCCCUGCCCAGGUUGCUGCUCCGGGCUCACCCUGCUCGGUCGGUGGCCAGUACACCUGCGGCGACCGCUACUCGACCGUUGUCUGCCAGAACGGCGUCUGGGUCAGUGCCGCCCUGUGCCCUUCGUUCUCGAUCUGCUACCAGGGCGACGACGGCGCCGCAACCUGCGCUUAAGGACCGACCCUCCGUCGCAAGACAGCCCAACAUCGCUGUAUCUGAGAGGAAAGGAUGAAUGCCAUCGUGUCUCUCUCACUGCACUUGCUUCCUCCGUCUCAAAGCCCACCUCGGGAG